AUGUGUAUUCCUUACCUACUUACCUCCCUUAUAGCGCUCUUCAAAUGGCUGGUGAGAACAUUCGCAACUCCAGGCGUCCUAACGUGGAUCACGGUUCUGUUAUCGGAGACCAUCCACUCCCUAGGACUGUGUGCCCUUGUCUUCUGGAUCCUACCCAAGUAUGACGUUAUAUCUGGCGCACUUCUCCUCAGUGCAACAAACAUUCUGCCGUCCCUUCUACUAAUUACCUGCUCCGGCAACGUGUACGGGGAUUCCAAAGUGAAGGUUGUCUUGAAGAAGAGUUUGGAUGUCUUUGCGUUGAUCUGUCAAGCUUCAGUGGUCCUGCUACUCUUCCCCUUCAUAGAUCCAGCACAGCGCCUGGCAAAUCCAACAGACAAAGCUGUUUUGGUGAUCGGGGUUUUGUUCACCUCCAUCAAAUGCUGGGAGACAUUUGUAGAUGGUCAUAUUGGCCAUCUUAAUUCCCAGUGUUUGUCAGACAGCGGCAACUACAACAACCGCUUCAUGAACAAAAUACUGAAGGUCCGCUUUGAACUGCAAGAAGGAAGGUGCAGCGUGUCGAUGGUGGCAGGAGUGUGGAAGGUCAUCAUCACUGUUGCGGCAGUUUACUUAGUGAUGUAUUUGAAGGGGGUUGAUCUCAAGAACACUGACAAGGUAUUUGUUGUGUUCACGGAAUUACACGAAGAUACCACCAUGCUGUCUUCCUUGUUAGCAGUGACUAUCGGUGGCUUUGUAGCGUACUAUGCAGCGUACACAGCCUGUAAGUUGCAGAUGCAGAUAAUGUCCUUCGCUGUACCAAUCGUCGUUUCCAUCCUCGUUACACUGGGGAUUUUGGCUGGUGACUGUCAUCACAAUGAUACUGGUUUCAUCCAACACAUAUCCAUAUACAGAGAAAAGUGUGACGUCUCACAAAAUGUGUACUAUCUAGGGUUAUCAUGGUUAUUGUCACUGUUGUGGGUCGCUCGACAUAUUUGGUUUCCAAGGCAAGGUCGACUGGAGGAGUACGAAAGAUUGUUCAUCAACCCAUUUUAUUGUGGGAUACUGACGUGUGAAAACCUUGUCCUGAACCGUCGUCGUCACAACGAAACUGUCACCUAUUCCUGCGAUGGACCUGACGAUCAGCAAGAGCACUUCUUCAUAGUCAAGCCAAGAGGUGUCAAGCAAUCUAGCUCUUCAACACAACAAGAUGCAACCAGUGCAGAGAUUCCCUUCAUAUACGCAUGCGCAACUAUGUGGCACGAGACCAAGAAAGAAAUGACCCAGCUUCUGAAAUCUUUGUUCAGGCUGGACAAAGAACAGGCGUUGAGAGAGCAAUGUGCAGUCCUCCGCAAUACAGAAGACGUGAGAGAUAGGUUCAACUACCAGGCGCAUAUAUUUUUUGAUGAUUCUCUGGAAUUAAACGACGAUGACAAAUGGGAGGCUAACGUGUUUGUAAGAACAUUGGUCAACGUCAUGAGCGACGCGUGCAGCGCUGUUCACCAGAGGUACUUGCAUCUGCAUGCUCCCUACAAAGUCAUCACUCCGUACGGGGCCCAGCUGAUCUGGGAGAUGCCUGGCGGGAAUCUGUUGUAUGUCCACAUCAAGGAUAAAAACAAGAUCCGGCACCGGAAGCGAUGGUCACAGGUGAUGUAUAUGUACUACUUGCUGGGGUAUCAUCUCCUAAAAGAUUCUGCUCAAGACAUCAGCAAAAACACAUUCAUCCUGACAUUAGAUGGCGACACUGACUUCAGCCCUGGGUCGGUCAGAGUUCUGCUAGACAAGAUGUCGAACGAGAAAGUUGGCGCAGUCUGUGGCAGAACCCAUCCUAUCGGCUCAGGUCCUCUUGUUUGGUACCAGAAAUUUGAAUAUGCUAUUGGUCACUGGCUACAGAAAUCCACUGAGCAAGUCCUAGGCUGCGUCCUCUGCAGUCCUGGGUGCUUCUCCCUCCUUAGAGCCUCGGCUUUAAUGGAUGACAACAUCAUGAGGACAUACACAACACUACCAACCAAACCUGGACACUUCCUGCAAUAUGAUCAAGGUGAAGACCGAUGGUUGUGCACGCUGCUGCUCCAGCAGGGGUACCGAAUAGACUAUGCUGCUUCCGCUGAUUGCUACUCGUACGCACCAGAAGGAUUCACUGAGUUCUUCAACCAGAGAAGACGCUGGACUCCUUCCAUCCUGGCCAAUAUUAUAGAUCUGUUAUCAUCAUCAGAAACCACUGUCGCUCGCAACUCCGACAUCAGCUACUUGUACAUGGCAUACCAGAUGGCGAUGAUGGCAGCGACCAUCUUGGGACCAGGUACUGUCAUCUUGAUGAUUGCUAGAGCCCUUGAAGCAGUUUUCGCGCCUGGAUUGAUAUAUGCUUAUUUGAUGUCCUUGCUCAUUCCAACCAUCUUUACAAUCGCUUGCUUUACAACCUCUACCAAGAUUCAGCUUACUCUUGCGGCAAUAUUCAGUGCAAUCUAUGCCUUCAUUAUGAUGGCUGUCAUUGCUGGCACUGUCGUGAUUGCCUUCCAGAAAAGCUUUCUCCACCCAAGUGUCCUCUUUACCACCAUUCUCUCUGUCUUGUACAUCUUGUCUGGGCUGCUCCAUUGGAAAGAAAUAAGUUGUUUACCUCAUGGGUUUCUGUACUUCCUGUGUAUCCCCUCUGGGUAUCUUUUACUGUUUAUAUAUUCACUUUGCAAUCUGAACAUUGUAUCCUGGGGCACUCGUGAAAUACCCAGGAGGAAAACCAAGCAGGAUUUGUUGGCUGAAAAGGAAGCUGAAGAGAAGAAAAAGAACGAGAAGAAGAAAGAUGGUUUGUGUGCACGUCUUUUCUUUAGUACAACCUAUAUCCAAGAACUCAAACAACUACAACUAAAAACUAAUGUGCUGGACGAUGUUGUGACACUUUUAAGACAAAUGAAUGACAAUAUCGCUAAACUAUUAUAUCAGUCAACAGCAGAUCAAACUCAAAGUCAAUCAUCUCACAAAAGUGCCGUUGCUUACAGCUUAAAUGAGCCUGAUACAGAAAUUCCCGCCUCUACCGAAGAGCCGGUACCAACAGAAGACGAACCUGAGACAGACUAUUACAGGGGUAAUCACUGGGCUCAUGAUCCGGCACUUGGAAAUGGACCAGUUCUGACACUAAUCGGCAAAGAAAAGGAUUUCUGGAAUGUUUUAAUUGAGAAGUAUUUAAAACCAAUAGAAAAGGAUUCUCAAAAAGAAAACCAAAACAAGGCUGAAUUAAUCGAGCUGAGAAACGUCGUAUGUUUUCUGAUGGUGAUGAUGAAUGCUCUCUGGAUUGCUAUCAACUUUAUGUUCCAGCUUUCUGAGACUGCCACUUUUACAAUUGAGUACAACCUGAGUGGGAAAGUUUUUGUACUAAAGAUUGAUAUCUUUGAACUUCUCUUCAUGAUCUUCUUCACUGUACUCAUCUUAAUCCAGUUCUGGGGGAUGUUGCUUCUCCGCUGGGAAACGUUCUUACAUCUGAUUUCAAGGACUUCCCUGAAGGGUACAAUGGAAGAACAAACCCAUCAGCUAAUGGAGAAAUUGGAAGAAACAACAGAACUUACAACUGAGUAUGACACGGAUCAGGAACACAUCUACAUCAGACUGAGAGAUGUAGUUACAGGUGGUCUAACUGCCAGGACGUUGGCCACCACAAGAAGACGCAAUUUGUCAAUGACUGCAACACGUCUCAGUGGCAAUCUUGAUCUCACAUCGACGGUUCUUGGAGAUUCAGGAACAUCCCAAUAUACACGACCUCGAAAAUAUACGGCAGGACAGAAUGCGUACAGAAGGAAAACUAGCCAAAAUAUGUUGCGACAUCGGUACUCUCGUAAGAUGUACGAUUAUGUAGUAGCAGAGGCAAAAAGAGGUAAUCGUACAUCUGGGGUUAAUGUUCCUAAAUCUUAUUUCAGUGACGAUGUUCCAAACGUUGAUAAGUCCUUGCCAGGUACGAUGGGCAGAGGGUUCGCUAAACAGAUGACGUUUUUGAAACAUGCUUCAAGGCAGAGAGCGGAUACAAGGGUGGAUAUGUCUCAAUUAUGGUGAGCUUUAUUUGAGCAUCAGGGGAUGCUGGGAAAACAUUGUUGCUGUAAGAGGGCAUUCAAGUUUUCUGAUGGCUUUAUGAGUGUAAGUGUACUAGUUUACCGUGUGUGUACUAGUUUACCUUGUGUGUACUUGUUUACCUUGUGUGUACGUGUUUACCUUGUGUGUACUAGGUUCAGAGUGAGGCAGCCAGUCAGU